UUUGUCUUGGUUUUCUGCUUUCUGAAAUCGGUUAAUUAAUAUGUCUCCAGCUCUUCAGUCCCCCGAGUCUUCUGGCUUGUCCUUCCUGGAAGUUUGGCCGUAUGUCCACCUAAUGCGGUUAGCGCACAUUUCCAGACCUUGAAGCGGUUCCCUCCCAGUCCCCUGCCGACGCUGGUCAGGUGCUUUGGCGUUGCGAUUUUAAUUGAAUUUGCCCCUCUUCGCGUCGGAGCGUGUCGGUCAUCAGCAACUCCCGCAACUUUCCUGCAUUCCUCUAUUUCCUUUCCCAGGCCGCUUAUCUCAUUGAUUCUUCGCUGAUUGAAGCCGGAUUGGUCAUCGCACGAGAAGCCCAUAAUGUCUCGACAAAACCGGCAACAGCGGCGGAUAAUGGGCCCGCAAUCGGCCCUUACUGACUUCUUGGCGUCACACAACAUUUCAGCUCACCAGAUUCGUCUUGACGCUGAAGCGCGUCGCAGAGCGGCGCAGAACGGACAGAAUGAACAGAAUAAUGACAAUCAGACCAACGGCCGCGACUCGGAAGACUCCCCUGAUACCACCCCAGCCGUCUCCGCUGGCCCUGCAUCGGCCGCGAGAGGGAGACGGGCAAGAGCAAGAGCAGCAGCAGGCCCAAAUUAUGAGGAGGCGCGGAACAAGGAGAAGAAGGCCAUCGAGAAAAUCAAGGCCAGCAAAAAGUUUCAGAAGCGGAAACGUGAUGCGGAAUCGGAUGACGAAGAUGAUCUCGUGCAGGCCCUUCAACGGAGCUCUGCGCCACUUCCAGGCCAGCAGGAGAAUUGCGAGAAUUGCGGGAAACGAUUCACUGUUACUCCCUACAGCCGAAACGGGCCCAAAGGGGGAUUGCUCUGUAGCCCGUGCAGCAAGGAGCUCGAUAAGAAGGAUGAGGCAGCGAGGAAAAAGAAGCCAAAGCGAGCCACGGGCGGAGCGGUUGGUGUUCGCCGGCAGCUGCAGAGUAGCAUCCUGGACGGAACAUACUCACUUGGUGCCAAGAGCUUGAUGACUCUUUGCAUCGAGACGCUCGCAAAGAAUAUCGAUCUUGCCGAAGAUCUGGGAGAUUUGCCAUCGGACAUCAUUGAUAAGAUUGCUCGAAGGCUCUCUAAACUUCGCCUGCUUGACUCAAGAACGUUAAGUCUGUUCCUGCAGCCCGCGGCAGAGGAAGUCAAUAUAUACGAUGGGGCCAAGCUCAACUCCGACGAUUACAUCCGUAUCUUCCAAGUUGUUCGGGGCCUGAAGAAGCUCAGGGUCCGUAACGCGAUUCAUUUCAAAGACGAUGUCAUGGACUACCUCAUUUCGCGCAAUAUUGAGCUCGAAGACCUCUACCUCCACGGCGCGAACCUGAUCUCGGAAUCAAGAUGGACGGAGUAUCUCCAAAAGAAGGGCCGCUUCCUCCGCUCGCUGCGCGUCUACUUCACCGACAAGCAUUUUGGCGACAGCGUCCUCGCCCUGUUGCCCACGACCUGCCCCUCUCUCAACCGGCUCAAGGUCUGCCACAACCAAGAAGUGACGGGCGCGGGCGUCGCGGCGAUUGCACAAAUUCCCACCCUCCGCCACCUCAGCCUCGAUCUACGCAACGAACUCCACUCGGACGUCUACGUCGACCUUAUCAGCAAGAUCGGCGCCCACCUGCAAACGCUCUCCCUCACGCGGGUGCACGACGCCGACAACACGGUGCUCGACGCGCUGCACGCGCACUGCCGCUCGCUCUCCAAGCUGCGCAUCACCGAGAGCGAGGCCAUGACGGACGCCGGGUUCGUCCGCCUCUUCCGAGACUGGGCGAACCCGGGCUUGGAGUUCCUCGACCUGCAAAAGUGCCGCCAGCUCGACUCGGCGCGCCCGCGCGAGAACCCGGACGGCAUCGGCCUGUGCUCUGACGGCUUCCGCGCUCUGAUGGCGCACUCGGGAAAGACGCUCCGCGAGCUGAACGUCCACGCGUGCAGGCAUAUUGAGAGGGUCGCGUUCGAGGAUGUGUUCGGCGUCAAGAACGGCCGGCCUGGUGGUGGCAGCGCCCAGAUGUACGAGGCCCUGGCGAAGCUGGAGAUCAGCUUCUGCGAGGAGGUCACAGAUUAUGUCGUGGGCUCCAUCUUCCGGAGCUGUCCGAAUCUGAGGGAGCUGAACGUGUUUGGGUGCAUGAAGGUCAGGGACGUGAGGGUGCCGAGGGGAAAGAUCCUGGUGGGCGUGCCUAAUGCGAGGGGCAUGGUCAUUGAGGGUGAUGACGAUGACGAUGAUGGGGAUGCAUGGGGGAUGUAUUAGUCUUAAUCUCGGGGUAUGAUGUUGCCACUUGUUCGGGCUCGGGAAGGGAUGAUCAACACGUCAGCGAGGGAUAGGCCUGUUCUUCUGGGAAGUUGCUAAGCUCGCCACCCGAGGAGAGUUGGUGUUUACAUUGUGGUCAAGCAAGGGAGUUAGACAAUUGUAGCUUAUGGGCUUGGCUGUACUGGGCAUAUGCUUCAAAGCUUGAGGGUUCGGCAAUGGGGCAAUGGGGCAACGGGGGUCCUCUGUGACCGAGUC